UGACACUAACAAUUUCGCAACGCCCCCACUAAUCAAGGUCACGACCGUCGGGUGUGCAAAAACAAGCUCUCCGAGUUGCAGGCAAAAACCUUCGCCUUUUUCCCUUUUCCUCUUCCCCAUCCCCUCACAUCUACCACCAUGGAAUCCCUCUCAGACACAAAGUGGGAUGUAGUGAUCAGUGGCACUGGGCUACCACAGGCCCUUCUCGCCCUGCUCGCACGCUGAAGAGCUCUGUCACGAUCCGGGAAGAGCAUACUCCAUGUCGACCCCAACGACUACUAUGGCGGCUCCGAGGCCGCCUUGAGUCUGCAAGAGGCCGACGAGUGGGUCGAGAGAUACGCAUCGGAGGUUGCGGAUGGCGCGUUCGCAGGCGCGCAAGUGAACAAGGCCGAGGACGGACUGUCCUUUCCUCGCGCCUACAGCCUGGCACUUGCGCCCCAGCUCAUCCAUGCGCGGUCCGAACUCCUCUCGCAGCUGGUAUCCUCCAAAGCCUUUCGUCAGAUUGAGUUUCUGGCGGUUGGGUCGUUCUUCAUCUACCGACCAUCUACCGACUCAGCGACGCCCGCGAUGCUGAAUCGAAUACCAUCUACCCGAGAGGAUGUUUUCGCCAACAAAACGAUUCCCACUCGCUCAAAACGUUCUCUGAUGAAGUUUCUCAAGUUCGUCCUCGAUUUUGAGUCGGAGCCGCACGCCCAGCUUUGGAAGCCAAAGGCUAAGGAUGACCUGGCGGCCUUCCUCGAGUCCGAGUUCAAACUUGACCACGACCUCCGAUCCUACGUCCUCACGCUCACACUCAGCUUGGAUGGGAGGGUAACAGUGGCCGAUGGCUUGACCUUGAUCAACAGACACUUGACCUCGAUGGGAGUGUUUGGCACUGGCUUCGCUGCGGUCUACCCAAAGUGGGGAGGGCUCUCCGAGAUCGCCCAAGUGGGUUGCCGGGCCGCCGCAGUCGGCGGCGCUGUGUACAUGCUUGGCACAGGCAUCUCUGAGGCGCGGGUCGUGCCAGCAGCGCAAGGGUCAGGCGGCGAAGAAAUCGAGGUCAAACUGACAAACGACGUGGUGGUCAAGUCACGAAUACUUGUUCAAGACUGGGCAAACCUCGCAGCGGGUUGCACCAGCCAGUGUCGCCUCACAGCUGUCGUGGAAUCGAGCAUGCCAGCCAUGUUCGAAACUAUCGCUGAAGGUACCCCCACGCCCUGCGUCUCAAUCGUGGCGUUCCCUCCAGGAUCCCUCACGAGGUCCGAUGGUACCGUCUCGGAUCACCCCGUAUACGCAUCGGUGCACUCAAGUGACACUGGGGAGUGCCCUAGUGGACAAAGUAUUGUUUAUCUCAGCACCAUCUCCGGCCCUACUUCAAAGGAUUUGCUUGAACUCGCGCUCUCAUCGUUCCUUCGGGCCCUCUCUCCGGACCAAGAUCAACCCAAAUGCUUGUACCGGCUCAGCUAUGAGCAGCGAGGCGGCACGGGUGCUUUCGACGUAGACAAGGUGACUGGCUUAUUCAGCCCACACCCGCCGCAUCUCGCGUUCGACGAUGCUCUCCUUAUACCUGUCAGAAAGGCCUGGGAUAUGGUCAUGGGGGAUAGUGCUGGUGACGUAGAGUACAUGCAGUUCGAGGACCGUGAGGGUGCUGUCGAUGACGAUGAUGCAUUUGCUGCGUGAGUGGAAGGAUCCACAGGCAGUGUACGAAUUAUGAAUGGAUCAUGCUCGAUGUCAAUAUCUCGACGUUUUUGUAUAAAUAUAAUUUGGCGUGUCUGACUGAGCGCAGAUGUUCUUCUCUGGCGGUCGUCUUUUGUCAACUUCAAAUCCUGGGGCCUUUCCCCGGUAGACGUUUCAACCG